GUUACAGUAUUCUCUUGCCGCCUGCCGAACGCAAGAAAGUUCUCGAUUUAGAGGGGUUUUCCUACGGUGAGUGAAGGACCACGCUUACUAAGUUUCUGGAAAGAAGAUAGGGCUUAAGUUUCCUUUAUUUAAAAAGAUGGAGUCUCCUUUAGAUAUAAGUAUAAAUAAUAUAUUUUCCAUGUCGAAGGCGCCGGCAGCGAGCGCCAAUUUGGUUCACACAAACACAAACUCUACAAAACGUCUGCUUCGACACAGCAACCAGUUUUAUAACCUUUCAUGAACUGAGCAUUGCCUUGUUACUUGCUUGCAUGUCCUUGAAUAACAGGGCCUAUUUUUUCAGCUGUUCUAUUAACGUUAUCAAAAUAAUGGUGACCAGAACUAGGAGCAUUCCCAGAAGAAACAAGGCGUACUUUUAGACUGUAUUGUCAAAUUGUAUAUUUUCAAACUGUGAGUUCAAACUGUUUUGGCUGGAAACUAAAUCAGCCAAUCUAUUAAAUACUGAUGGCACAGCGAUUAUAAUGCAUACGUCUAAAAAGGCCAACUGCCCCUGGGUCUCCCAGGAUGACAUCUUAUGGUUCACAUCGAAUAAUGCGAGGGUAAGGUAGAUUCGAUAAUACAAUUCAAACACAUCCUUUGUCUCUCUACUUAUUUACUUACCAAGUUUAUCUCAGCGAUACAUCAAGGUACAAAAUUAUAUUUACAUUAUAAAAAUGUGAAUACAUAAUUACUUUUUUACUGUCACGCCAACGAAAAGCUUUUGAUAAUUGUAAAACACGAAACCCAGAAACCGGGAUAUGAAUUAGAAUACUUAAAAAGUCUUACAAGCGUCAGGUCCCGAUAGAAAAAAAAUUCAAAAUGUAUGCAUAUAUUUUCCUCGUUUGUGACAGUAAGCCGCUGUUGAAUGUCGCCGGACGCAAAGUUUAGAAACUUUUACCACACCUCGGUGUUCAAACUCUAAGAGAGAGCUGGUGCAACUCUGUUUUGAUGACAAGGAUCAAACCAAUUGUACAAUGUGACGAUAUUAGUUAAAUAUUUAUUGUCUGAAAAUCUAGCAUGUGCUGGAAGCCUUUAAACAGAUGGUUUUAAUAACCAUCCCAUGCAACAUGGCAAUACGUAACAUUGGCCUAUGUGAGGCAAAAUCAAGACAAUAAGAGCCUCGCCUUUGAAGGCUAAAGACUAUUUACGAGUAACAUGAUAGCGGAACGUGAUUGUACAUAUAGUCUCUACAGUGACUGGAUGUACAAAUUACAGACAGGGCUGUCUUGCCACCGCCAGUAUAAGUCUGGCACUAUCCAUGUUAUAUCAACUGAUAGACAUUCAAAAGAAUGAAUUACACAGCUGAUUGGAGAUCUGGAUCAAACUGUAAUUGAAAAGUGCAAAGCAGCAUGUUCCAUUGAACUAAACAAAGAUAGAUCCACAUCAAGGAGAAGGAAAGAAGGUGUAAAGAAGAAAGGAGGAGGCUGUGGGAAAUUUCCCACAGAAUGAAAGAUUUAUUUAGAUGUGCUGUCAACUACUGAGUUGUUUAUUUGCUAAGGCUGAACCGUAUAAAAUAAUAUCCAGCUUUUGAAAUCAUGGCAGCAUUUAAAUAAUGGUUAUCUAAAACGUGCCUGUGGAAUUAAAUUUUCUAAAUGUUCUCUCAUUUUUUUACAAGACAUGAUGAGUUCAGCAGACAUCAUCAAGCUGUUGAUUUGUGGGAGUGGAAAUGGGGCACAUGCCUUUGCUGGAAUUGCAUCGUCUAUGAAGGGAACAGAGGUUAGGGUGCUCAGCUUGUAUCAAGAUGAGGCAGAGCGUUGGAGUAAUGCAAUACAGAAAAAGGAUCUCGAGGUUACUCUGAAUCGUGCAGGAAAAGAUCCAACUACCAUUGUGUCCAAACCAGCUCUGGUUACCAAAAAUCCAGAAGAUGCCAUGAAAGAUGUUGAUAUCGUCGUGUUCGUGCUGCCAGCAUUUGCCCAUCAAGUUUUCUUUGAUGCCAUUCAACCUUAUAUAAAGCCUGGUACUAUUAUUGUCGGUAUGCCAGGUGGACCAGGAUUUGAGUUCCAAGCUCGUUCUCUGCUCGGUGACACAGGGCGGCAAUGUACGAUUAUGGAUUUUGAGACGUUACCUUGGGCCUGCCGUAUCACUGAGUAUGGAGUGAAAUGUGAAGUUUUUGGGACCAAAGAAUCUCUCUUAGGAGCCAUGAAGGUAUCUUUUUAAUUUAUAGCUCUUAGUAAUUGAUUAACAGAUACAAGAUCUGCUCUUGUAAUUAGACUUUGACUCUAGGAAAAGGUCUCUUUUCGUGAUUAUUUCUUUGUUUAUAUAACAGAAUGUAAGUUAAAACCUGCCUUUCACCUAAACCUAAAAAAUGUUCCAUGUGUCCACAUCUGUUUCAUGACAAUCAACCUGCAUUCUGUUUUCGAGUGCACAGUAUCAAUAUUUGCCCCAUUGCCCCCUUCUGAUGCUGUUCCACUUCUCUUCGAAGAAAAGUGAGUGUAUUUUUGGCACUGAAGCUUACCAUCUGAAGUAUCUGCCUUUCACUGCAAGGCCAAUUUGAUGGCUCAACGUUUGAAGGUGUGCUCUCAGCAUGCACCGCAGUACGUGUAUAAAAUCAAUCCCCUGAACUAUGGAUGCAUGCAUUUAAAAAAUGUUCGUUUUGCAAAAACCCUUAGCGUCCUCAGUUGCUGGAAUAGUACUUAUUAUUAGCCGCUAAGAUGACACUGGCGUUAGUAUUGGCAUGGAUACGUGUUAGUUCCUAACUCCCUCAAUUGGAGUGAAUGUGCUUUUAUAACGUGAGCCAUUUUUUUAGAUAGUGAAAAAUAUGUCGCUAGAAAUUUCAGCUUUCCUAUAGCGAAACAAAACAAAAAGUUAUCUUAAAAAAGACAAAUCUCUUUUCCCUGAAGUUUCGUGGAGCAACCGGUCAUUUUUCCUCGCUGCCUGGAAUUUGUUUGUGGUGGUUGUCGAACGUUUAUUCCGUUGGAAUGAAUCCACACUUGCUGUUAACGCCAGAUGAUGUAAAAGAGAAAAAUAGUUGGUGAUCGAAAACCCGUCUCAAUGAAAAGCCGGAGUGAGAAUUGUAUCCAUCAUAAAGUCAGUGUCAGCUCUUUUUGUUCCCAGAAGCACCUAACUUCAUUAUAUAAAGGCAUGCGCGCGUAAUAUACAGUAUGUUUACCACAUCACUUUGCUUGAUACUUUCUUACCUGUUUGUUUGAUUCUAAAGAAAGGAGAUGUUCCACCAAGGAAGGAUCCAGUAACUACGCUGCAGCAUCUCCUUGGACCCCUCCCUCAACUGAAAGUGUCAGGUCAUCUUUUGGGUCUUCAGCUUAUGAGUGGUGGUAACGCCUACUUGCACUUACCAAUAUUAUAUGGACAGUGGGAAGGAUGGGACGGGAAACCUCUUGAUCAGCCACCUUUGUUCUACAUUGGAAUAACCGAAUCAACUGCCGAUCUUAUCUCCAGUAUGUGUGAUGAAGUUUUAGAAACUGCCAAGUUAAUCACAGAGAAAUCGGGAGCCGAUAUGUCGGAGGUAAGUUCAGCUAAAAAGUUCAAUUACUCUAGUAUCCGGAUUCAAGAUUCACUCAUUAGUAUUCUUUCGUGAUUCUUUGAUGGAUGAAACUAACAGCAUUCGUUAUUAGGAGUGACGUGUGUGUGAAACCAACGAAAAUGCCAAAUUCAUCGUGCUAGAGUUGUUGCACAUCGCUGCUAUUUGUAUGUUUAACAUUUUGUCCAGAACCAAAAGCUAUCAGUUUCAAAUUAAACUGCCUGUCAUUUUUCCCUCAAUGGGAGGGGAGGCGAGGGGAGGGGACAUCCCUUAUGCCUUAAGUGCCAAUCGAUGGCCUUUCAGUUCUGUUGAAAUAUACGCAGGAGUUGCAUCUGAUUCUGCAGAUGCUUUUGUAUCCGACAGGUUCAUCACAUUUAUGAUUGGUUCAUGAGAGCCUAUCCUGAAGACAUUGCAGACAAGACCAACCUUUACACCGCAAUAAAAUCCAAUGCAGCUUACCAAGGGCUCAAACACCCAGUCAAGAAAACAGAGGACGGUAAAUAUCUACCAGAUUUUACAUACCGUUACAUGACCGAAGAUGUCCCAUAUGGCCUGGUGGUACUCAAAGGAAUUGCAGAAAUUGUGCGUGUCGAGACGCCGGAUAUUGAUAAAGUGUUGUUAUGGUGUCAAACAAAAAUGGGCAAAGAAUAUAUGGUGAACUCAAAGAUACAAGGUAAAGACGUAGCUUCAUCUCGGGCGCCACAGAGAUACGGAUUCACCACUCUUGAAUCCAUCUUGUAGAGUGCAAUAAAUUCUGCUUUUACCUCAUAAGCAGACAUGACAUCACCGGCAUAUGUUGACUAGCGGUUCGAACAUUUUGAUGUUGUUGUUGCUGUUGUUGCUGUUUUUGAUUAGCGGAAAAGCUCCCAACGGAGAUGAAAAUAAAUUAUUAAGUUGAAUAUUUGCUCUUUCAAAGUAGAUACCUGACUCUUCACAUUUUUGUAUUACGUGACCUCGGGUGAUCGGGUAGCGAGCCAACGGAAAAGCGCGCAUGUCCCUUGCUCCAUGAAAAUUGUCUUAUCCAGUGAUUUCUCAAAAGUAGAAGAAAUAGUCCAGUUUCGAAUUCACCGAGGUCGCUGGAUAGAAGCACUGAAGUCUCAUUUAUACGGGGUUAGCCUCGACCAAAGGUAAAUAUAAUCACAAAGUCCAGUCAGAAGAAGACCUGUGUACAACUGUGUCUCACGAUAAAUGUUCACUCACUAAUAGUUUCUUUAAAUAAUGCCAUGUCAAACCUCAUCUUGGUUCUAGCCAGUAACCCACGCUUAAUGUUCAGUUUCAGUUUUAGCAAAGAAAACAAUCUCGUACUUAAAGUCUUCUGGGUUUUUGGUCAGCGGGGCGACACCUUAUUUAUGAUUUUGGAAAAAAAGAAAACCGUCCGCCACGCAGGGUGACAAUGCGCAGGAAGCCAGGA